AUUCGCAUUCAGUAACAACAAAGAGAGUUUUACGACAGCGCUGAAAAAGAUUUACUUUUCAAGUCAAAUAUUCAUAAUUCAAUCAACCUGUGAUUACUAAAGUGUACGACCAUUGUGUCCAGAACUCUAUUAUCAGGCGAUAUACUAACGCAUUAACUCAUCAAAGGCCAAACGUUUUGCCUUCUAUACCAGUGUGUAUAAAGGCACAGAGGCGGUUGCAAAUCAGAUCAGAUCGAGCAGUCGUUUGAAGAAAUUGUCAAAAUCAAAAAAAUUCAAUUGAAAGCAAUAAGAAAAAAUUAGCGAAGAGACACACGCAAUAAAAGCAAGAGUGAAGAAAAUCCUGAAUACUAAUUAAGCAAGGAAACGAGAAGACAACAUGAUGAAAUUAUUAGCCGCAGUUUUGUUGCUGGCCGUAGCGGUCAACGCACAGAUGACAUGCCGUUUGGAGCACCCACGCCUUCCCGUCGAGUGGAUUGGUCUGAAUGACAAGAACGGUCAAUGUUUGGAGGAGAUGCGCAAGCAAAUCCAAAUGGAAAUCAAUGCCUCUAACAUCUACUUGGCCAUGGCUGCACACUUCUCACGCGACGUCGUCAAUCGUCCCGGUUUCGCUGAGCAUUUCUUCAAGUCGGCACGCGAAGAACGUGAACAUGGUUCGAAACUCAUUGAAUAUCUGUCCAUGCGUGGUCAGUUGACAGACAGUGUCACCGAUUUGAUUCAACUUAUUGAUGUUGACGUUAAGGUAGACAGCGGUGUUGAUGCACUACGUCAAGCUUUGGAAUUGGAGACCAAGGUCACCAAGAGCAUUCGUUCAUUGAUCAAGACCUGUGAGAAGUCACCCAACUGGUAUCACUUGGUCGACUGGCUAACUGGUGAAUUCUUGGAGGAACAACUCACCGGACAACGCGAUUUGGCUGGCAAAUUGAGCACACUCACCAAGAUGAUGUCCACCCAAGGUGCUGUGGGCGAAUUCUUGUUCGACAAGCAAUUGUAAAUUACCUCCUACAACAACUACAACAUCAAAAACAAAAACAAAAACAACUAAAACGCUACAACCAGUCAGGUGGUCAUCAAUUAAUGCAAUAUAAAACAAAACAUUUCGACCAAUCAUAACACUAACAGACGGACGGCAUGGGAUGUACGUAGGGGAUGAUGCAGUGCUUAUCUCUUAUACUUAUACCAACUAAAUAAAUAAGUGAUGAAAUUAUGUAUGAAUUGAAAUUAUGAAAAAAAUAAUAGUAUUCUUUUUGCAUUAUUGUGUUCUAUUAUAUAUAUGUAUAUUAGUGUAUUAAACCAAAAAAUCGGAAAUGAAUUUCAAAUCUUAACUUUCAGCUUGUUUUUCUAAAUUUUCUAAAUUUUCUUAAACUUUUUGCUAAACAGUCAAUUACACAUAAUUGGUAUUUAUAAAACAAACAAAUAAAUUUCGAAAAUACUCUGCACAGUAACACACAGUAAGGCAUGCAUUUAUGUAUUAUUUUUUCAUAACGGGUGUAGAAGGUGUGGCGCGCAAUAUGGGCUUCACUACUUGUCUAAAUUUACAAUACAUAUUUUCUAUGUGCCAUUGCAAACAUUAAUUUAUCUAUUGAAGUUUAUUUAAAUGAAUUUAUUAUGCUUUUGUAGCGUCAAACAUUGAGCAUCGUAAAUUUAAUUUCUUUGUUAUUAAGGCUGAGCGUGUGAGUUAGUUCUAUCACUAUGCAAACCUGUAUGUAUGUAUGAAGAGCGGAAAGAAUAAUAAAUAUUUACAUGUGUCUACUGCGAUUUAAAGUAGUUUAAAAUAAA